AUGGUUGUGCUUGAGAUCUCCAACAACUACGGAUACGUCCUCCUCGCCGCGGCGUCGACCGUGUUCGUCAACAUCUGGCAUGGCUCCCAAACCGUGAAGGCCAGGAAGGCUAGUGGCAUCGGCUACCCUAACACGUACGCGACGGACGAGCAGGCGAAGGCGAGCCCCGCUGCGUUCCAGCUAAACUGCGGCAAGUCAUGCCCUCUUCUGUGUACCCACCACAACUGGAGAAUAUGGAAGACUGACAGUGUUCGCAUGAUAGCCCAGCGUGCUCAUGCCAACUUCACCGAGAACCUGACGCCCUUCAUGGCCACGCUGCUGAUCGCGGGUACAAGAUACCCUCUGCAGGCCGCCGUGCUGGGGGCGGGGUGGCUGGUCUCCCGAAUCGUGUACACUGCCGGCUACACGUCUAACGGGCCCAAGGGGAGGGUGGCGGGCUCCGCCGGCCACUACUUGUUUGGCGUGAGCCUGGCGCUUACCGCUUGCUACACGAGCGUGCAAAUGGUACGGGGGGCCUAA